CCGGGCGGCGCCGGGAUAAACUCCGAGCCUCGCGUAGCUGAGAGCCAGUGACGCGGUGCCCAGGGCGGACCAGGCUGGCUUCUGAGCUGUAGCGAGGUUGGCGUGUCCCGGGUGUCAGCCAGAACAUGGCGCUCAACCUGCACUCAGGCAAGAAAUUGUUUGUUUUCUUAGGAAAAUUAGUGUUUGCCCUGCUGGAAAUUAUGGUUUUUGCCUUAAUCCCAAAGCCACGGAAGAAUGUUGCUGGUGAAAUCGUACUUAUAACAGGCUCUGGGAGUGGACUUGGAAGGCUCUUAGCCCUCAAGUUCGGCCACCUUGGAUCGGUGCUUGUUCUCUGGGAUAUCAACCAGGAAGGGAAUGAGGAGACCUGCAGGAUGGCUCGGGAGGCUGGAGCCACAAGGGCUUAUGCCUACACCUGCGACUGCAGCCGGAAGGAGGACGUGUACAGAGUGGCCGACCAGGUUAAGAAAGAAGUUGGCGACGUUUCCAUCCUAAUCAACAAUGCCGGAAUCGUAACAGGCAGAACGUUCCUCGACUGCCCAGAUGAGCUUAUGGAAAAGUCUUUCGAUGUGAAUUUCAAAGCACAUCUGUGGACUUAUAAAGCCUUUCUACCUGCUAUGAUCGCUAAUGACCACGGACAUUUGGUUUGCAUCUCAAGUGCAGCUGGAUUAACUGGAAUAAAUGGACUAGCAGAUUAUUGUGCAAGUAAGUUUGCAGCCUUUGGAUUUGCUGAAUCGAUUUUUAUGGAAACAUUAGCCAAGAAACAAAAGGGGAUCAAAGCCACUAUUGUGUGCCCAUUUUUUAUAAAAACCGGAAUGUUUGAUGGUUGUGUUACUGGCUGUCCUUCUCUGUUACCGAUUCUGGAACCAGAAUAUGCAGCCAGGAAGAUAGUAGAUGCUAUCCUGCAAGAAAAAGUGUACUUGUAUAUGCCAAGGUUUAUCUACUUCCUGAUGUUUUUAAAAAGGACAAGUCUCCUGUUUGUUUGCUGUGCCUCUCCUCACCCUGCGGUGUGGACAUCAGGAUGGAGGCGGGGCGAGCAGGGCGGAGAAAAUGAACAGUCUUAGUUGGUCUUGACAAAGCUCUGAGGAGCUAUUGCAUCCAAUCCUCCCAGUGGUUCCAGAAAGAAAGAGCGAUGACCUCUUUUGACAGUGGGAGGAACUGAGUCUCCAGAGCCCAGUAACAUUGUGAGGGACAGAGCUAGGAUGCAAGCCAGGCUCAGGACGCCACGAGCCUUCACAGUUUCCUAUCCAUCAUUACAGAGCGUAGUGAGGCCUUGGAGACUGAAUACCAUAAAUAAAGCAAGGAGAAAUACAGAGACCCUGGGCCAGUGUCCUCCCACGUGGUGGACAAGCCCCGAGUGACCGUGAGGCAGGGACGCUCAGGUGGGCGUGUGUGAAGUGACUUCUGCAACAAGUCGGUGGCCCUGCUUUUCAGCGGAGCCGGUUAAAGAUGCUUUCGCGAAUGAUAACCAAGGAAGUUCACUCUUAUGUUCU